AUGACCAAUUUUGAGUGGCUGUUCAUUGCCAUAAUAGCAUCAACAACUCUUUCCAAAUGCAUUGCAUUAGCAACAGAUCCAUUGGUCCAACAAGAAAAUGACAGGAUUGUGAAAUCACUACCAGGUCAAAACUUCAACAUCAGCUUCCAACACUAUUCUGGUUAUAUCACAGUGAACGAGGAUGUCGGUCGGACACUGUUUUACUGGUUCAUUGAAGCAGAACAUCCAGAUCCUACUUCAAAACCCCUUCUUCUAUGGUUCAAUGGUGGUCCUGGUUGUUCUUCCAUUGCUUAUGGAGAAGCUGAAGAAAUUGGUCCUUUUCAUAUUGGUUUAGAUGGCAAAACCCUUGAUCGCAAUCCUUAUUCUUGGAAUCAACUUGCCAAUAUUCUGUAUAUUGACUCUCCUUCUGGAGUUGGAUUUUCUUAUUCAAAGAAUUCAUCUGACAUUCUCAACAAUGGCGAUAAGAGGACAGCUGAGGACUCUCUCAUAUUUCUAUUGAAGUGGUUUGAGCGUUUUCCUCAAUAUAAAGAAAACGACUUUUUCAUCAGUGGUGAGAGCUAUGCAGGACAUUAUGUUCCUCAACUUAGCCAACUUAUUGUCGACUACAACUCAGCUGCAAAACAAGAUUCUAUAAAUUUCAAAGGUUACAUGGUAGGAAAUGCUUUAACCGACGACUUCCAUGAUCAAUUGGGAAUUUUCCAGUUUAUGUGGACAACUGGUAUGAUUUCGGAUCAAACAUUCAAGCUGUUGAACAUACUAUGUGAUUUUCAGUCAGUCGAACACACGUCACAAUCAUGUGAAAAAAUCUUGGAUAUUGCUAAUAGAGAAAUGGGUAAUAUAGACCCGUACAGUAUCUUUACCCCUUCUUGCCAUGCUAAUGAUAAUCAGCUGGUUAAAAGAAAGCAUGGUAUCCGAAGACUCAGAAGUGCAUAUGAUCCUUGCACCGAGAAGCACAGCACUAAAUACUUCAAUCUACCCGAGGUCCAAAAGACUCUACAUGUUGAUCCUGAUCAUAAGCCUGCUAAAUGGGAGACCUGCAGUGAUGUGGUGGCUAUUAACUGGAAAGAUUCUCCCAGAUCAGUGCUCGAUAUAUAUCGUCAACUGAUUCCUACCGGGCUGCGAAUAUGGAUUUUCAGUGGUAAUACAGAUGCUGUGAUCCCGGUGACAUCUACUCGCUAUACCAUAAAUGCUCUCAAGCUUUCAACUGUGGGCCCCUGGCGCGCAUGGUAUGAUGACGGGGAGGUAGGAGGAUGGACUCAAGAAUACGCCGGCCUCACGUUUGUUAAUGUAAGAGGUGCAGGCCAUGAAGUUCCUCUGCAUAGACCAAAGCUUGCUCUAACAUUGUUCAAAGCUUUCUUAGCAGGAACCUCCAUGCCUACUCUCGAACCUGUCACACUCAUCGCAGCCACUUGA